UCGAAACGGCGGCGCUCGGCCAAUCAGAACGCGAGGGAGGCGUGGUCUCGGCGAGCGGCGGGAAUGGCGGGCGAGCUGAGCGCUGAGGCGGCGCGGGAGAUCCGCCAGCUGCAGAAAUCCAAGGAGAAAUGGCGGCGCGCCGGGAACGCCGCGGAGGAGGCGACGGCCUGCAACCGCCUGGGGCAGCUCCUGGCGGCUCAGGGCCGUUUCGAGGAGGCGCUGGAGCAGCACCGGGAGGAGCUGCGGCUGCUGCGGGCGGCCGGGGACGCGCUGGGCUCGGCCGUGGCGCACCGCAGGGUGGGCGAGAGCCUGGCCGAGCUGCAGCGCUUCCAGCAGGCCCUGGAGCACCAGCUGCAGCACCUGUCUCUGGCCCGUUCCCUGGACGACGCCGUGGAGCAGCAGCGCGCCUGGGCCACCAUCGGCCGCACCUUCCUCUUCAUGGCCGAGAGCCCCCAAAUUCCCCAAAUUCCCGACAUCCCCCAAUUCCCAGAAUUCCCAAAAAUCCCCGAGGCCUCCCAGGAGGCCGAGGGCACUCCGGGAAAUCCGGGAAUUCCGGGAAAUUCGGGAAUUCAGGGCGCUCCGACCGCGCUGCGCCGGGCGCUGCAGGCGUUCCACAACUCCCUGCACGUGCUGGAGACACGGCUGGAAGGCGUGGUUCCCGUGGCGGAGCUGGCGCAGAUGCGGAGCCGCCUGUGCCUGAACCUGGGGCUGGUCCAGGAAUCCCUGGGGAACUCCCAGAGCUGCUCCCGGCUCCUCUGGGACAGCCUGCGCUGGGCACGCGAGUCCCAGUCCCUGGAGGAUCAGUUCCGAGCCCACCUGAACCUGGGGCUGCUCCAGCAGCGCCUCCGGGACCUCCCGGGCUCCCUGCGGAGCCUCGGCCGCGCCCGCGACUGCGCCCGGGACCUCGGGCAGCCCCGGCUCCAGGGAGAGGCCCAGGCACACCUGGGACAGACUAUUUCUCUGACUUUUUGA